GUAUCGUUCCUACAUCAAAUAGGCACUGGUUAUAAACCUUUCAGUCUAACGUAGAACUUUGACCGUUCGUCGUCGUACACACUAUUAUACCUUCCUCGGCCCAUCUAAAGAUCGCGGGAAUUAAUAUUUACAUCAAUAAUUGCAUCGUUGCCAGGAUGUUUGAUAAAUCGAGCGACGGAUAAUAUUAUAAUGUCUUAAAUAUUUUUACGUUUUAAAUUUACCUACAUUACCUAUCACCAAUACGUGUUCGCUAGUCAAAUUUACAAAUCAAAUCGUUAACGGCCAAGUUCUAUAUUAUAAUAACAAAUUAUGAUCAAAUCAACCAAACACAAAGAUGAACCAGCUGCGGUAUAUGAAGUACCACUCAAAUCUAAGUCAGAAAAACCAAACUUGGACGGAGAUCGGUUGAAUUUAUUCCUAUUAAUAAUACUAUACACUAUACAAGGAUUUCCUAUAGGCGUAUCCACAGCUCUUCCGUUGAUUUUACAGAGUAAAAAGAUGGUUACCUAUGAAGAUCAAGCAGCAUUUAGUAUGGCAUUAUGGCCUUAUAGCAUUAAACUCUUAUGGGCUCCAAUUAUAGACGCACUCUAUAUAAGCUCAAUCGGUAGACGAAAAUCCUGGCUAUUACCUCUUCAACUAUUAUUGGGGGUCGCAUUUUUUUAUAUGUCCAUCAACAUGGAUAAUUGGUUGCCCGAGACAGGACGACCAAAUCUCACGAUGAUUGUGCGCAUGAUCUUCGUCAUUAACUUUUUGUCCGCCACACAGGACAUCGCCGUCGACGGUUGGUCGUUAACGGUCUUGAAAAAGAAAAACGUGAGUUAUGCCUCGGUGUGUCCUUCUAUAGGAGUACCAAUUGGCAUGUUCUCGGGUUCGGUUUGUUUUACGUUGCUGGUGUCCGAGGAGUUCAGUGUCAAACAUUUGGGAACUAUUCCCGGUGCAGGCGGAAUUAUGACUAUGAAAAGUUUUUUUAGUAUUUGGGCUAUCAUCAUUUUGGUGGUCACAGUAUUCAUCGGAUUAUUUAAAAAUGAAAAGCAUAAAUUGGAAGAUGGCCACAAGAAAAUCAGCGUAUUUCAGAAUUAUAAACUAUUGUGGGACAUUUUAAAGCUACCUCGUGUUAGAGUAUUGACAAUAGCAUUGCUGACAAUAAAGAUGGGAUCUACCGCUACUGAAUCUGUAACGAACCUGAAAUUAAUUGACGCUGGUAUACCUAAGGAUGACAUUAUGAUGACAACUUCAGUAAUGUAUGUCAUGAAAUUUGUUUUUCCAAUAUUCGUAUGCAAAUAUGUUACGAGUUCAACACCGAUGAGUUACCAUUUAAAAAUGACGCCCAUCAGAUUAAUUUGGGGUAUUGUAUUCUCUGUGUUGGUUUAUUAUACACCAAGUUUAAUAUUCAAAGACGGACAUAUUUCUAUACCUUUAUAUUAUUAUCUUUUAUUAGGAACGGCUACUCUUGUAAACGAGAUGUUGAGUUUAUUUUUGAUGCUGACACUAUUGGCAUUCUUUUGUAAAAUAAGUGACCCCCGUUUUGGUGGAACGUAUAUGACUCUAUAUAAUACAUUUUACUUUUUGGGAUGGUUAAUACCUAAUACUUUCGUUUUGAAACUGAUUGACAUUUUAACUUUCCGCAAGUGUACAAACAAUGUUGAAAAUACCUGUUACACGGACAAUUUAAAAAAUCUAUGCAUUGUGGAUGGAGGAACUUGUGGAAUUUAUGUGGACGGAUACUAUGUAUCAGUAGCCAUAUGUACGGCUAUUGGAUUCAUUUGGUACUUUACUUUUAGAAAUAUCUUAAAAAAUUACCAAUUAGUGGACCUUUAUCAUUGGAUGGUACAUAGUAAAAACCUAAGUAGUAACGGAGAAGUAAAUGAACCAUGCAUUAUGUCUCCAGCGUGAUUUCAAACAGUGGCUAUACUAAAUAUCUGGAAGUCGAACUACAUUUUGAACAUCGUGGUGUAAAUUAAAACAUUUUGGUUUUGCAAUAUAAAAAAAAAAAUCGUUAAUGUACUUAAAACGCAUGUUUAGGCUACUGCAGUGUGUACCUAAUGCUGCAACAAGUCAAAUAAAGUUAUUUUGUUUGAUUAA